AUGGUCUUUCUACGCCUCACGGUCAAAAUCUACCCUCCCGAGCAAAUCCAGUCCAGCUCAUCUUUCUCCUUCCGCUCGAUCCUCAGCAGUGAUAACGAUGCUGGCCGUAACUCAUCGGGCGCGCCGGCUGGGAAGCCAGCGAGCUUCUUGCUCGUGCUGGAGAACCCAGAGGAUGUGACGCUGGGUGGACUGGCGAAGAUGAUUCAGGAAAAGUGGACGAAGUUACGCCCUAAUGCGGAGCCCCUGCAGAUCAAAAAGAUGCUUGACGACAACCAUGACACCGAUGAUCUCGAUGUCGAUAUGACUGCGGCCGACGUUUUUGUGGAUAGAGGGUUGGGUCAAAUCGACGGUCGGGACCAACGUGGUUGUCUGCGUGUGAUUCAGAGACCUACGCCUUAUUCACCUGCGAGAUUCCCCUCUGUAACUUUGGACUGGGACGCGGCGGCGGAGGACUACGAGCGCAGGAUACAGGAUAAGAGACAAGCAGCUGCGAAAUCCGUACACAAGUUUCCUACGAUUACUGAGGAGGACUGCCAGGCUGGAUCUGUGUCUGGCAGCCAGGAUGGCGAUCGACAAUACACGCCCGGCAACGUUACUCCCGCUCACCAAGCCGAUGAACUCGAACGUCGCCGGGAUAUGCCUGUCUUAUCGGUUGAGAAGGAGCAUGAGAUUCCUGGAUCACCCGCACGCUGGGACGAGCAGCCACAAAUACAAGAGCAGGACUCGCAGGACAACAGUGAGAAAACGAUCGCGGCAACACCGCAACACAGACGGUUCGAGAGCCAGGAAUUAGGUGGCUCACCAACACCGACACGUCCCUCUGCGCUUUCGUCUGAGAAAAUGGCAGCCACUUCGCAACCACGCGCUGCGACCAGAGGCCGCGCCGCAAAUCGCACGAUCAAUAGGAUCGCGUCUGAGUCGAAAUCUCCACCUCCGGCCAAAGGAUUGCACCUAACUGAGCAAACGCCAUCUCUCCGUCACAAGACACGAUCUCACACCCGGCGGCGUAUUUCCCAGUUAAUCAAUCCUGUUGAGGAUGACGAGGAAGGUGAAGCAAACGGACAAGAUAAUGGAAGACAGGAAGGAGAAGGAGGAGAGAAGGACAAGGGUGAUAAUGAGAAGGGGAACUUUGAUUAUGAUGGUGACGUUGCAAUGGAUGACGAUGGAAUUGCCCCGGAUGCUUUUACUGCUACGGAGGAAGCGCCUGAGCAAGACAACGCAAAUGGUGAUGCUCCCGCAUCACGUCAAACCCGCCUUGGCAAGAGAAAGAAGAGCCAGGAGGAAUUACAGUCAAACAAGGAACCUCGACUGGAUAGGGCUGGUACCCUAACUCAAGAACGUUCCGAGUCUCGUAGGAGCAGUCCUUCUGCCAUGCGAAAACGUGAACGGGCACCUUCGUUCUCCGGACCUGGUCGUCACCCAAGCAUCAUGGAACAACACUCGCCUUCAAGACCGGGUCUUGGGCUAGGAAUCACGAAGAGCCCCCCGCGGAAGCAGCUGGCCAAGCUUGACUUGAAAAAUUUCACCAAGGCCCCCAAGCUUGUUCUUGUGGAUUCGAGCAACAGGGAGCAGCCAUCAAACCAGACAGCCGUCACUGCCGCACCCGUGUGGCUCAGUAACGCUCAGAAGUCGCUGACACAGAACGAUUCAACACCUGCCAAACCGCAGACACCCGCAGACAAGGUCAAGUCGGCGCUACGCAAAGAGGCGUCGGCAGACAAGCGACGUUCUGUGUCGUUUUCAGAAAAGAAUAGCGUGAUCCCGGUUACUGAUGACUCUCGCUCGAGAUUGCCUUCAGGCUCUGCAGCUAAAGAGCCGAAAAAGACCAAGGACAAGAAGGAAAAAUCACCCAAUGCCGGGCAGGACAAGCCUCCGACUCCGGGAAUAACUGUAUACCCCGGAGGCGUCACUGCAGAGAAGAUUCAGCAGAUUCUUGAGGAACAAAAGCGGGAAGCAGAGAAGAAGAAACAGGAGCAAGAGGAGAUGGACCGAGAGAUGAGAGAAGCAAAGGAGCGCAAUGCGAGCUCUCAGUAUCUGACAAUUUUGGCAGAGAUUCACAGAACUCGGAUGUGGAUCUCGGAAAACAAGAACAGUGGCCGGCAAAAGACCCAGCAGCAGCUCAAGUCAUCUCGUUCUAGGUUGGAUAUGUAUUAUCGGGAGCUCGAAUCCAUCAAAGCGAACCCGAACGGUCACUCCAAGACGCCAGAGAAAAAGAAGAAGAAGCGCGCCUCGGAAGCUGCUGCUGAGAUAAGCGAGGAGCCCAGCACCCCGUCGUCGAACGCCAAGGACACUGGUUCUGCGAAAAAGAAGAAGGCAGCUCGUCGCGAAAGUUCUUCGACAAGAUCUCCGAAAUCCCCUCCCAAGAAAACCGAAAAUGAAGAAGCGGCCCCUACGGAGACGACGAAUGGCGAUUCCGCGCAAACGACGGAGGAACGUGAAGUUGGCCAGGAAACUGAAACCGCUCUUGCUGAGACUCCUUCGCAUUCGAAGCGCAAGACAAGUCCUGCCGAGAAGGCUCAAAAUAAGGAGCCGGUUACUGCAUCGCCUAGAACACGUCGCUCUCGUCGUUCUUUCCGCCCGGUUGAUGGGGCUGAUGCGAUGGAUAUAGAUCAGCCGUCGCAGCCGGUGCCUCAACCUGAGCCUCAGCAGGAGGGGGGGCAGGAGGACGGGCAGGAGAUGGAGACGGAACCCGAGCAGGAAGGGGAGCAGGAACAGGAACAGCCGGAGGAGCCUGAACGUGAACCGGAACCUCAGCCGCAUGACAAGGAAGAGGAUGGAGACGAACAGGAUGAAGAGCAGAGGCAGGAUCAAGAGCAGGAGCAGGCGGAAACCCAACACGAACCCGAGCCCGAGUCCGAACCCAAACAGCAACCUGAGCCUGAGCAGCGCGAAACCACAAAGGGACUCGAGACUGAGCAGGAGCCUGCGCAAGACCGAGAGUCCGAGCAAGAGCAGCAGUCUGAGCCUGAGCCUGAGCCUGAACCUGAACCUGAACCUGAACCUGAACCUGAGGCCGAGGCUGAGGCUGAGACCGAGCAGGAAGCGGAACCUCAAUCGGAGCAGCAACCACAAGAGCCGGAGAAACAGCCCGAAGAGCCGGAGAUGGUACCUGAAACCUCGCAGCCCCAGACCCAGGAGCCUCAAGAAUCGCAAGCUGAGCCCUCGCAACAAUUGCCAGAAAAGCCACAAUCCCAGCAGUCUCGACUGUUGUACCAGAAACAAUCGCAGAGCUUUCCCAUGUCUGAUGAUGUGAACCUGCCUGAGAUUCAGACGAUUCGUACCCUGGACCAAUCGAAGAAACCGGAAGAGCGGCUUGCACCGCAACCUACCACUGAAGAACCGAAGCCCGUUUCUCAGGAGGGCAAGGCAAAGGAAUCUUCUUCUGAAGACGAAGACGGAGACGAGACUGACUCCCAAACUGGGUCCGAAACCGGGUCUGGCUCCGACUCCGACUCAGGUUCCGGCUCAGGGUCCGACGACGACGAUGAAGAAGUGCAAGGCCCAGAAUUAACCAAGGCUGAUCUUCUUCGUCGCGCUAACGGUGCCAACGGUACCAACGGGACUAGCUUCGCGCGCAACAGAAUGACCAAAUCGCCGGCUCCUUCCUCGCAGCAGCAACUACCACAAUCCCAACCACUCCCGCAAAACCGUUACUCUUCACCCCGGGGCUCUUCGCAACCGCCAGCCCAAUCGCAGCCUCAACCACACAUCCAGCCCUUCCAAUCCGUCAACAAAACAUCCGCGCGCGCCUCCCUCCUAGGCCUCAAGAACAUGAUCACUUCCCAAAAACAAGAAUACGACGCGCAGUUACAGGAGGCGCGUAUGGCGACUGUUACCCGGAAGAAGGACGUCUUUGAUCCGCCGUCGGAUAGCGAGUCGGAGGAUGAGAGCGAAAGUGACAGCGAUAGCGACAGCGAUAGCGACAGCGACAGUGACAGUGACAGUGACAACGUGAGUGGUGCGGAUGAUGGGGACAUUCAGUCGAGUGGGACGGUUGGGAAAUUGAGGAAGGCGUUGCAGAAGAAAUAG